AAGGCUCUGGGGAGGAUUGCUGCGGCGGCGGCUGCUGCCCUCGAGGCCCCCAGACUUGGGGGGCUGGUCUUCCUCCGCAUGCCUCCUCCCUUUGGGCCCUCCUUUUCUCCCCCGCAACGCGCACAACAGCCUGCCCUUCGCCCAGUGGGGGAAAGUUGAGCUCCCCGGCCGGCCGCCGCACGAAGUUUGCAGACCCAGACCCAGUCCCAGGCGGGCGACGCCGGCUUGCGGGCUUGCUCGCCCAGCAGCGCAGCGCCGGAGGAGGAGAGGCGUGUGCGCAUGCUCGCCGCCUUGUUUUGCCACGGUUGCUCCUCCUGCGCCCCCAUCCCCUGGUCCGGCCGGCCCCCUCGCGCGCCCAUUGGCUUCCCGUCGGCCGCGGGGCGGGGCCUCGGCGAGGGGCUGGGGGCAUUUAAAGGGCUUCCGCGCGGCGGCGGCUCCAGAACUGAGUGCCAAAGCGCCCCUCUGGCUCCUCGCAAGCAGCCGCAGCCACAGCCGACGUCUGUCCCGCCUGCCCGGUGCCUGCUGCCCGCGCCAUGAUCUUCGACCGGCUGAAGCGCUUCGCCAUCGUGCUGGACUGCCCUGAGCUGGCCUCGCCGCCCGUCUUCAGCUCGGGCGAGAGCGUGGCCGGCCGCGUCGUGCUGGAGCUGUCCGGGGAGGCGCGCCUGGGCGCCCUCCACCUGCACGCCGAGGGCUGCGCCAAGGUCCACUGGACCGAGUCCCGCAGCGCCGGCUCCAGCACCGCCUACACGCAGAGCUACAGCGACCAGGUCGACUUCCUCAGCCACCAGGAGACCCUCCUCGCCCCGCCAGACCACGGAGAGGUCACCGUCCUCCCGGCCGGCCACCACGAGUUCCCCUUCACCUUCCAGCUCCCCGAGACUCUGGCCACCUCCUUCGAGGGCAAGCACGGCAGCGUCCGCUACUGGCUGAAGGCCAAGCUGCACCGGCCCUGGGCCUCGGUCAAGAAGGCCAAGAAAGAGUUCACCGUCAUCGAGCCCAUCGACAUCAACACGCCCGCCUUGCUGGCGCCUCAGGCUGGUGCCAAAGAGAAGCUCGCCCGUGCUUGGUACUGCAACCGUGGCCAAGUCUCCAUCUCCGCAAAGAUUGACCGGAAAGGCUACACCCCAGGUGAAGUCAUUCCCAUCUUUGCCGAAAUUGACAACUGCACCACACGCACGGUGGUACCCAAAGCUGCCAUCAUCCAGACACAGACUUUCAUUGCCCGAGGAAACAAGAAGCAGAAGAAGUCCAUCGUGGCGAGCAUCGUGGGAGACUCCAUUGCGGCGGGGAAGCGGGAGGUGUGGCACGGGCGUGCGCUCAAGAUCCCCCCCGUGGGACCCUCCAUCCUGCAAUGCCGCAUCAUCCACGUGGAGUAUGCCCUCAAGGUCUGCAUCGACAUCCCAGGGACUUCCAAACUCUUCUUGGAGCUGCCGCUGGUGAUCGGGACUAUCCCGCUCCAUCCCUUCGGCAGCCGCACGUCCAGCAUCAGCAGCCAGUACAGCGUCAACAUAGACUGGCUACGGAUGGGCAUCACCGACCAGCCGGAAGCUCCGCCAGAGUAUUCUUCCGUGGUAUCCGGGGAGGAAACUGUUGGGAGCCUUUCACCUCCUUGCCCGGAAGAAGCCUCCGGUAUCCUCGAAGGGCCUUUCUUUGCUUACAUCCAAGAAUUCCGCUUCCGGCCUCCCCCUCUCUACUCUGAGGUGGACCCCAACCCCCCCUCCGACAACAGCGCCCGCCCACGCUGCAUGACUUGCUGAAGGAGGCGUCGUCGUCGUCCAACUUGAGAUCAUCGUCUUCUACAACGGAAAUCCCUUUUGCCGAGAGAACCGCAGCGGACAGGCGGUGAUGGGGGUGUGGGGGGGGGGAAUCGGCCCUCGCCCCCGAAGCUGCACCUGCCCUGGGACUGGCGUGUCGUGCGGAACGUGUGUGCCAGACGCUCCACGCCGUAUCGGCCGGUGCGGGAGAUACGAAGGGAAGGGAACUCCGGAGCAGCAGUGGCGGCAGCAGCAGGCAGCACCUCCUCAGGAUUAUGCCCAAGACUUGAGGCUCCGAGCAGCACUCCCUGCAGGGGGGCCACGAUGAUGCCUUUGGGCCUGCUGCGUGGCUGGCGCCACCCCCAGCUUGGAGAAGCGGGGCCCGCCCCUCUCCCCCAGGGAGGAGGCCUCUGCUCGGUCCUCCAGGACAAGCCAUAUGUGCCUUGAAGGAAGAAGCCCACCCAGUGCCUUCGGGGGACGCCGCCUUGCCACUUGUGGCAUUCUUGGGCCACCCACUCAGGUUCCUCUCCAAGACUGGCCAGACCUGCCACACCCAUCGGGGUGGGCGAGGGGUGGGCGGGAAGAAACUCGCCCACCUGCUCGAGCAGAGAUUGUGGGCGGCCCGUGGCGAGUGGGGUGUGUGUGUGUGUGUCUGUGUGUGCACGCACAGCCUCCUUUCUCUGCCCUCGCUGCAGCAGGGAGUGGGUCUGGCUUCGCCACAGAUGAAAGUUUGACUAAUUGCACUCUGUGGGGGAGGCGGGAAGAGAUGGCGACAUCGGAGAUGUUGUGUGCAGCCUCUGUUUCCUGCUGCCGUUGAGCAGAAGAGCAGCCCCUUGCAAGCCAGGAGGCAGGCCUGAUGGCUGAUCGUGCAGUGGGAAAGGCAGCUCUUAAGCGCUGGUUCUGUGAACCCAGCAAAGGACAAUGGAAAGACAUUUGCAGAGCAAAUUCCUUGGGGUGCUCCUGCCCAUUUGGAGGAGGAAGGUGAGGAGGGAACUCUCUCUCUCUCUCUCUCCCUACAAUGCAUUCCACGAGCUUCAGACACACAACUUUCCAAAGCUCCAGGAGUAUGAAGAUUCCCCCAUAACAGGCCUCUGGGCCGAAUGCUUGUACCUCUUUUUCUGACGUGCUCUGGUUUGAUGCAGAUUUACAGCAACCUGUUUCUAGGUUUGCAUAUUUUAUAUACUUGGUGCCUUAAGCUGUGUUUGGAAAUAUGGCUGUAUUUGUAUGUCUUUUAAAAUGCCUGGUUUUGUACAAGUGAUGCAAAAUAAAUUCAUGAAAACUACCAGUAA